AUGUUACUUGUCCGUCGUCACCGCCUGUGCCUGACUACCCUAGCGCGUGUCCGCUUCCAGACUGUCUUAAAACCGACCUCACUCCAGAUUAAAUCCUCAUCCCGUGCAUCCCCAUCAAUCACGAAAACUACCCUGGAAUUGUGUUCGGCCCACUCUGGACCGACAAUGAUCAACGCUGGCUCACCAACUUCCUCCGUAUGA